AUGCGGGAGCGAGAGGAAGUCGUACUGCUUCCUGUAGAAGAGGAAGAAGAUGACGAAGAGGCAGAACAAGAAGAGUCGUCAGAGGACGAGACGGACUCUGAAGAAGAAACAACAUGUAUGACAAUGGUGAAACCAGUGUUUGUGCCUAAAUCAGAGAGAUAUAUCAUAGCUGAAAGAGAGCUGCUUGCGGAGGAAGAAAGGGCUUUUGAGGAGAAGGUGAAGAGGAAAAUUGAAGAGAGGAAGGUGGAGACUUAG